AUGUUGAUCACUCGCGGAAUCUCCCUCGUCAACUUUGCAGUGGCCUCCUCUGCACUGGCAUUCCAGGUCUUCGUUCUCUACCCUUGGCACAACCAGCUAGACGACGAGUUCAAAGCGUUGAAAAAGGAACACCUCCGUGUACUGCAGCAACUCGAUCUCAAGGCCGCCUUCCAGGACAAACAACUCAAAGCGAAUUAA